AUGAAAGCCCCAAGUGCUAUACUGCUGGGAGCAACUUUUGCUCGCCAUGUAGUAGCAGUCGCUGUAUUCGCUCAUUACAUGGUCGGAAGCAUAACCCAAAAACAUGCCGAAACCGACAUCCAAAAUGCCAUCAACGUCGGCUUCGACGCCUUCGCGCUCAAUCUCAUGAGUCUCGAAGCCUGGUCCACCGAAGCAGUUGAUUCACUCUUCACUGCCGCCGAGGGAACUAACUUCAAACUCUUCUUCAGCUUCGACAUGAGCCAUUUCACAGAUCCUGCACAAUUUUUGCCCAUUCUCAAACAAUAUGUCAAUCACGACGGUUACUACUUGUAUGAUAGCAAGCCGUUUGUUAGCACGUUUGUUGGUGGCCAGCUCACGUUUGGGCUUUCGAGUCCGAAUGCGGGGUGGCAGAAUAGCUUCAAGGCGGCGUUGAGUGAUGCGGGUGUUGAUGUGUUUUUUGUGCCGGAUUUUGAUGAUACGAGUGGCUACCCGGAUAGUUUCUUUGAUACUUUCACUGUUGUGGAUGGUGCGUUCUCGUGGGAGUCUGCGUGGCCGUAUAUGGAUGCUGGAUUUGCGAAUGUUAGUGAUACUGUCGACAGCACGAUGAUUGAGGCUGCACAUAACGCUAGCAAGAUCUACAUGAUGCCACUCUCAACCUUCCAAUUCAAACACCUUGACACCAUCAACAACUGGUACCGCCGAGGCGAAUCCAACCUCUACAUCCGAAUGGGCCAAAUCCUUGCCCUGCAUCCCGACCUCGUCGAAGUCAUCACCUGGAACGAUUCUGGCGAGGGCCACUACGUCGGAAACUUCUGGAACGAGUCGCUCGGCGACACAAACAUUGCUGAAUAUGCCGGCGGAUUUGAUCAUACGGGCUGGCAACAGGUCAUCUCACCUUUUAUCACUGCAUACAAGAACGGUGCUUCGCAUCUCAGUGAGAUUACUGCUUCAUCGAAUGUGGGCGUUAUAUGGUACCGCACACUAUUGACGACGUCGUCGUGCUCAGAUGAUCCUAUUGGAUUGCCAACAGCCCAUGAGGAUGCACAGGAUGCGAUUAACUAUGCGAUCAUUCUUCCGUAUUCGGGUAGCAAUUACACGAUCAAUGUGUAUAGUAACAAUAAUUUGAUUGGAACUGCUGCCGGCGUUACUGGCUUGAAUGGUGGAAGUGUUUUGGGCCUUGCAGCUGGAAGAGCAAAUACUCAGCGCGUUGACGUUGUUGAGGUCGGUUCGGAUGGGACUACAACUACUAUUGUUGCUGCGACAGGUGCCAAGGAUGUGAUGGCUGAGACAUCAGGGAUUUGCAACUAUAAUUAUGAGGUUGUUGCGAUGUCUGGAGAUGCAAGUGCUAGUUCUUCUAAGGCUACAUCGACUUCAGCCAUUUCCUCAACACCAUCUACUUCCUCGACUAAAGCCACCUCAUCGCCAGCUUCACUAACAUCACCUACACCAAAAACAACAGCAACCGCUUCCUCGCCAACAGGCAAUCCGGCUGCAGACGGGGCCCUUCGGGAGGCCUCAAAAACUGCGGCAACGGGGGUUUCUAGGGCAUCAAUGGCUUUGAUAGACACUUUGCCAGCGGUUGGUAAAUUCCUAGCAACCCAUAACUAUUGA